AUGGCAGCACUACCAGCAGAUCGGGUACAAGCGGCAUUUCCGUUCCAAGUCAGUGGUGUUGAUUAUUGUGGACCAUUCUACUUAACUCAAAAAGUUCGUGACCGGGCGCCUAUUAAGGGAUAUAUUUCGUUAUUUAUAUGCUUUUCAACAAAGGCCAUUCACAUGGAAUUGGUACCAGAUCUGACAACAAAUGCAUUUAUUGCCGCCCUAAGAAGAUUCAUUUCAAGAAGAGGUAGAUGUUCAACGAUUUAUUCAGACAACGCAACAAAUUUUAUUGGGGCUAACAAGGAAUUAAAGGUCAUGUUACAAGACUUUUUGUCUGAGGAGCACAGUUCAGCUCUACGAGAAGCUUGUCAGCAAGAAGGCAUUACUUGGGCAUUUAUUCCACCCCGAUCACCCCACUUUGGCGGUUUGUGGGAAAGUGGGGUAAAACAAGCUAAGCAUUAUCUCCGACGUGCCAUUGGAAAGUAUAUAUUAACCUAUGAUGAACUGAAUACAGUAAUUUGCCAAACUGAAGCUAUAUUGAACAGUCGACCCCUGACGCCCCUCUCGAGUGAUCCAAAUGAUUUACGACCCUUAACUCCAGCACAUUUCUUAAUUGGUCGUCCUUUGGCCGCAUUGCCUGAACCAAAUUUGUGCACAAUUAAUCCCGCUUCAUUGAAGAGCUACAAAUUAAUUCAAUGGAUCCAACAACAAUUUUGGGAGCGUUGGCGCAAAGAAUAUUUAAAUUGCUUGCAACAAAAAACAAAAUGGACCGUAACAUCACCUAACAUCCAAGUUAAUGAUUUGGUAUUGUUGAAGGACGGCAACAUUCCUCCACUUAGAUGGCCACUCGCAAGAGUUAUUGCAGUCAAUCCUGGUGACGAUGGUUUUGUACGUGUUGCAACCGUUAAAUCAAAUGAGGGCGUAUUUAAAAGAGCAAUUACAAAAUUAUGUAAACUACCACUUGAACAGUAG